AUGACUACUACUAUGCACCACCCCUCACCUCAGCCAGGCCUUACCUCAUUCGCCAUCUACAAAGACCCACAGGAUCACGAACCCUUGUCACCCUCGGACUUGUUUGACGGCAGUGACUCGUACCACUCCGAACGCUCGUUCCCAAUGGCCCACGACGUUGUCCACAGCAUUGAGCUGCAACAAGAGCCUGACGACGAACCACAACCUUACCAAAGCUCCUACACAUCACGGCCCGGAUCACAACAACGCAUGAUGUCAAACUAUAGCUUCGUCUCGGCUAUUCCGUCCGAGUCGUCGAUGGCUUCGAAACCUAUCCUACCUGCCAAUGAAGCUGGUGCGCGAGCACGUAAAGAACGCCCGCGCUUCCGGAAUCCAGAGUCUGUUCGCGCCAUGCAGAUGUCGUCGCCGCCACCAAUGCUCGCACAUCAAAGCUCGCAGGAGCGAUUGAAGGGAUCCUUCAAGCUGGCUACACCUAGCAGGAGUGGAAGAUCAGAGUCAGACGUAACAAGGCAGUCUACUGGGUCACGGAGAAGGAGCAUCCGGGAGCCUUAUAGUCCGAGACCUACUCCCACACCACAACAGGCACCGCUUGUCUUGUUGCAUGUCACAAUCCUGCCCAUGCAGGUACCAUACUCGCACGACAUCAUGGCUAGGAUCAUGCCGGAUUGGCUAGUGGAGAAUUACAAGCUGCUCGAGGAGAAGUUGCAGGAUAUCAUACUGAUGCGUCGUGGGCUUCUUAUCCCUCAUCCCCGGGAUGAAUACGACCUGCUGGAGGAACGCAUACUGGAGAGCCUCGAGCUGAGGACACCGCGGCUGCUCCCGUGCGGCCACUUUGUACCACCCGAAGAUGAGGACGACAGAGAAGACGAAGAUGAUGUCGCCAGCGUCGGCGAUGAGAACACCGGACGGGGCAGUCGCAUGAGUGGAGGCACACUGACCGAAGGAAGCAACACUUCAGCCAACGGUGACCACAGUAUGUGCAUAGACUGCCACCGCGAACUCAAGAAGCCCGGCAAGGGUAUCGGUGCCGGUACACGGAAGUGGGACAUCAAGAUCUACGCCGCCAACGGCCUAAUGCGAUCUGCCGCAUGGCAAGCAUGCUGGAACGACAUGGAAAGAUGCGACGUCGAGAUACACCCCUGGAUACCCGAAGAAGUCCGCAAAACCUUGGAGCGCCGAGCUCAAGAAGAGCAAGAAGCAGACAAGCGCAAGCAGCUAUACACCGUAGAACUUCAACGCCAAAUCCAAGAAGCCGCCGCCAAGACAAAGAUCCUAGAAGAAGAAGCCAAUGAGAAGAAGCGCAAAGAAGAAGCCGAACUACAAAAAAGCUUCGAAGAGGCCGCCGCCGCCCUCCAAAGGAGUAUCCAAGAGAAGGCAGCUGAGAAGAAGAGGUUCGAAGAAGAUCUCCAGGUCAAACUCAACGAAGCGAAGGAAGCUGUUCGUCUCGAGCUAGAAGCUAAAGCGGCCGCCGAAUCCGAGGCAGUAGCCCAGCGCCUUCGCGCCUUAGAGACUACUAUCAAGGAACAAGAGAAAGCAGAGGCUGAAGCUUCUCACCGUCUUCGAUCAGACCAGAUUCCUCUCAGUACGUUGCUGAAGAACUACGUCUUCCUUCUCUUGAGCGACAAGCGCAAUUUCGCUAUUCUUCUGCUAGCCGUCGCUGUCGCGUAUCUUGCAAUGGGUAUGCGGGCUGCUCAACAACAAUCACCGUCGUCGCAGAUGCUCGAGCUGCCUAUUGAGGUUGCCGCGCAGAUGCCGAAUGCUGUCACAGCUACUAUGACUGCGACGGCCUAUUCUACCUUUACGGUUACAGAGUUUCAGACGCCUACUGCUGUUCCCGUUCUUGCUGUUGCGGAUCCCGAGAUUAGUGGUGUGGAUGUUGAGGCUGAAGCUGAGAUUGAGGUUGUUGUCGACGAGAUGGCAGUUGAGGAGAUGUCCACCAGCUCUGCUGUGGAGACCUUUGAUGUCAUCGAAGAGACUGCUCACACCAACGAAGACAGCAUAGUCAUUGACGAAACACCCACUGAACCCGCUUUCUGCGCCCUAGAGUCGGUCUUCCCAGCCUCGCUCGCCUUCUGUGCAGCAUCCGCUUAG